AUGCACUUAGUUGCAUCUGCUGAUGUUUUCUCUUUUCCAAUCGUCAAGCUCGUUGUCAUUAGGCGUGACAACCGGUUGAGCGCUAGCAUCAAAAAGCCAGAAAAUGUCCCGAAUGAGUUGGAUCAGAGCAUGCUGUGGACUUUUCAGCAUGUCCUCCGACAAAUUACGUCCUACCCUGCGAGUUUAAAGCUCGAGGCAAUUGACUACUGCUCAGAGUCCCACAAAAAGAUAAUCAAGAGCCAGACGAACACGAUAUCAGCUCAGAACCUCCACUGCCUGCACGAUUUGAUCUUGGAAAACUGUCAGCGACAUCCAAAAAGGCUUGCUGUACGCUCAUUUGAUGGCGACUUGACUUAUGAAGAAUUGAACAUUUUAUCCCUCCGACUAGCACUUCAUCUCGCCCAGCUAGGCGUACGGCCCGAAACCUUUGUCUUGAGUAGCUUCCAGAAAUCAACGUGGGCAAUCGUAGCUCGAUUGGCCAUUCUGCGUGCAGGCGGAGCGUACAUCUCGAUUCACUCAAGCAAUCCACCAGCUUAUCUUAACUCGGUGAUACGGCGCACCGGUGCCAAGGUCAUGUUAAGUGAUCCUGUCUUUGCAGAUCAAUUCCACAAUGCAAUUGAAACAGUCAUUGUGAUCACCCCUGAAUGGCUACAGACUCUUCCUUUACAAAUUCAAUUGGCCCCAUUGCAACCGACUCAGCCAUUCAACGCGUGUACGAUUCUGUUCACUUCUGGGAGCACCGCUAUCAGAGACUAUGCCGAGAACCUUGGCCUGAAUGCAGAUACAAGGUUCUUGCAUUUUGACGAUUACGCAUUCGAUAUCAGCAAUUUGGAAUUCUUGGUUCCUCUUAUUUUAGGGGGUUGCUGCUGUGUGCCAGGGCCAAUGAAGACUAUUCAAGAUCUCGCCGACAACAUUCAAAUGCUCGAUGCUAAUAUUGCUUUCCUCACACCUACCGUGGCCAUAAAGGCAAAUCCGGAAGCAAUGAGAAAUCUCAAAAUCCUGUGCAUCGGUGGAGAGCCUCCUUCGAAAGACCUUUUGAACAACUGGGCUAGAAGCUCGACAAAGUUGAUUAACCAGUUUGGUAUGGGCGAAGCAGCAGUCUGCUGUGCAUACAACGACAAUGUCCAUGACCCUAGUAGCUCACCUGCUACGAUUGGACGGCCAUCCAGUGGUGCAAUUUGGAUUGUCGACCCAUUAUGCCCGGCUAAGCUAAUGCCAAUCGGCGCGGUCGGUGAGAUUUUAAUUGAAGGGCCUCAUCUUUCAAGGGGGUAUCUUGACCAGGAUCAUCAAGCAUCGGAUCGUACAAAACCGGCUGGCUUCAUGGAAGAUAUACCGCCCUGGUUAAACGAGCUUCAUCCCAACCGGGAAUUCACCCGCUUAUAUCGAUCGGGGGACCUGGCACGAUGGACCUAUAAUGGACGGAUUGAAUACAUUGGACGCAAAGACACAAUAGUGAAGCUCGACGGAUGCCGAAUCGAUGUGGUUGAAGUCGAGCACAUUGCAAGGAAAACUCUUACAACCAAAGAUGCCAUUGUGGUGGACCUUCUCGGCGUCAUUGAUGGCAAAGAGGAUCCCUGCCUGGCCGCGUUCUUAUACCUCAGCGGACACCCAGAGAAUUCGGAAACCGAAGAACUCUCUUUAAAAGACGCAAGUCAAGAUCCAGCUGCCCUUCAAAAAGUAGUCCAAAUCAAGGAAGUUCUCGCCAUCUCCCUCCCACCUUACAUGAUUCCGACGCUGUUCUUGUUAGCCACACGUGUACCGCGUACACCUUCAAAAAAGACCGAUCGCAGAAUGAUCCGAUUGCUUUCACACAAGUUUUAUGCUCAAGAGCGUGAGAAACGGAGCAACCCACCGUCCGAUCAUGGUGAUUCGCAGCUUCUUCCUCCAUGA